AUGGGUCUUACAUUCUCCAAAAUCUUCGACCGUCUCUGGGGAAAGAAGGAGAUGAGAAUUUUGAUGGUUGGUUUGGAUGCUGCCGGAAAGACUACUAUUCUCUACAAGCUGAAGCUUGGUGAAAUUGUCACAACUAUCCCAACAAUUGGAUUCAACGUUGAGACUGUCGAGUACAAGAACAUUCAAUUCACCGUAUGGGAUGUUGGUGGACAGGACAAGAUUAGACCUCUGUGGAGACAUUACUUCCAGAACACCCAGGGUAUCAUCUUCGUUGUUGAUAGCAACGAUCGUGAUCGUGUUGUUGAGGCUCGAGAGGAGCUGCAACGUAUGUUGAACGAGGAUGAGCUGAGGGAUGCUAUUCUUUUGGUUUUCGCCAACAAACAAGAUUUGCCAAAUGCCAUGAACGCCGCCGAGAUCACAGACAAACUGGGUCUUCACAGCUUGAGACAGCGUGGAUGGUAUAUUCAAUCCACCUGCGCUACCUCCGGAGAUGGUCUUUACGAAGGAUUGGAAUGGCUCGCAAGCUCCCUCCGAAAGGCUGGUCAUCAGUAA